CUGAUGUGAGAGGCGACAGCGGCCCCUGCUGUUGGAAGGCUCAAGCUGCAAGAGAGGAGGCCCCUUCCAGCCUGAGGUGUAGCCCUGCAGCCUGCUACAUGCUUCCCAGGCUGGAGAACACCAACACACCUUCAGUGUUGGUGUCCUUUGAAGAUGUGACUGUGGACUUUACCCGGGAAGAAUGGCAGACAAUGGACAAUACUCAGCGGACUCUGUACAGGGAGGUGAUGCUUGAGACCUAUAACAAUCUGCUGUCCUUGGGGUACUGCAUGACAAAGCCUGAUGUGAUCUUCAAGUUGGAGCAAGAAUCAGCACCAUGGACAGUGGAGAACUCUGUCAAGCAGAGACUUCCAGAUCCCCAUGGAAAGAAUGAGCUGCUUGGAGCUAAUCAGAAAGACCAAGAAAUAAUCUUCAGGAAGCCUGAUGAAAUACCAUUUGAAAAGAAGCAUGCCUCUAAUGUCCCUGAGAACAACCUCGAGAGUGAGGAAAUUCUCAGUCAGUUUGACAAGAUUCAGAUUUGUCAGCAGUCCUUUGAACACAAUGGAAAUGAGAAAACUUUCAGUGGGAAUAAGAUAGUCCUUAUGUGUGAGCAAGUUUAUCCCAAAGACCCAUGUAAUCAGCAACCUGUCAGUGUGGGAGAAGCAAUUCAUGUUGGCUACUAUAAAUCUUGCCUUACCACCAAACAGAGAACUGACACAGGAGAAAAUUUGUAUUUGUCUAAUGAAUGUAAAGAAAACAUGUGCCAGAAGUCAGAACUCAUUAGAGAUCAGAUCCUUCAAAGUGCAGAGAAUCCGUAUGAAUGCAAUGAGCACACCCUUUGUAGCGGCAAUCAAAUCCCCUGCAUGCCGCUUGAAAUCUCCCAAGAUGGGGAGAACUCCGAAGAUGAGGAAAAGGAUGCUCCCGAGCCCUCUGAAGCUAGAGCCCCCGAAAACAAUCCCCCUCAUCCCUCCAUGCGCUAUACGCCUCUUGACGUUAAAGUUAUAGAAAAACUUAAGCCAGCCAUCACUAAUUAUGGCGCCACAGCCCCCUUUACCCUAGCCCUUCCUGAAAAUACCACUGAAGCAUGGCUAACUCCAAACGAGUGGCACCAAUUACCUAGAGCUACCCUAGAUGGAGGAGACUUUGUCCUUUGGAAACCAGAAUUUACAGAGAUGGCUAAAGACAUGGCCCAAAAAUAUAUCUUAAAGCCUGAGUCCCAUUUGUGGACAGCCGGCACAAUUCUAGGGGAUCCUCCUUUUGAUACCCUUGAAGUGCUAGCCGUCUUCCCUACUGGACUGCUUGCACAGAUCCGUCAAGGAGAUUUAGGAGCCUGGAAAAAGCUCUCUCCAAAAGGCAUUCCUACCGGGUUGCUUACAAAAAUUAUACCAGGGCCAGAUGAACCAUAUAGUACCAUUAUCAACAGGCUCUCUGAAACUGCCGAGCAUUUGUUUGGAGCCUCCAUUCAUUAA